AUGUCAUCGAAACUGACAAUGCUUGCCAAAGUAGGCGGAGCAGACUUGUCGAAGAAUAUUCAGCUCAGUAAUGCAAUUGAUCAAGCGAAAUCCAUGAACAUACCUAAAAGAGUGAUUGAGACAGCCAUAAAGAGAGGAACCGGAGAGCUCAAAUCGCAGGAUAAAAUGGAGACGGUACUGUAUGAAGGCAUGGCACCUGGUGGGGUAGCAAUAGUUGUCGAGGCAAUAACAGAUAACAAAAAUAGAACAUUGGGGUUCCUGAGGCCCUGUUUUAACAAAUACGGCUUGAGCAUGACUCCUACAAGCUAUAUGUUUGAUAAAAAGGGAAUGAUUUUGAUUGAUAUAGAGAAAUCGGAUUUUGAUGCCGCUUUCGAGAAGAUCUUAGAGCUGGGAGCCGAGGAUAUACAGGAAGUUGAUGAAGAAAGUAACCUCGUAGAAGUUAUUACUGAUCCCGCAGAAUUCGGAAGGAUUGCAAAUGAAUUGAAAAGUGAUUACAAGAUUAAGGAGAUGCAGAUUGGUUUUAUGCCAAAAGCCGAAAUGGCAACUCGCAUUACCGAUGGAGAGACCAGAACCGUUUACGAGAAAUUUAUCGCAAGUAUAGAAGAUCUUGACGACGUUACACAGGUUUAUACGAAUUUGAAAGAUGACGAGAGUCAUUGA